GUUUAUAAGUUUGGCUAACACAGUUUGGACCUACGUUUUGGAACUGGAUUUAUCCCUGAAUUCUACUUUUUAACUGAUGUCAUGGAAGAUGAGACAGUUAUUUAAACUUGAGGAUGGAGAAUAAGUACUGAUGGCUUUAAGAAGAGCCAGGAACCAUGAGUUUCAACAGGCAGAAUCCUCUGUAAGCGGACCACCCACCGAGCCUGUGGCACUAUGGUUUUACCAGAUCAGCAGCUGGCGUGUUUGUCGAGAAACCUGAACAGGAGAAAAAGAAACCUGGUGGGAGACUGGUGGGAUAAAAUCCAGAUCAAAAUUCUUCGGAGGCCAAACUCCAGGAAACAACAGUCCCAACACAAGGUCUGGUGAUGGUUUCCUGCAGAAACCAGAGGAUGUAACCCCAGCUACGACCUUCCUCCUCGUCAGAAGGCGAUCACGACGGCCGGCUCUUCCUCCCUGACCUUCCAUGUGACCGAGGUCAGAGCCCUUCAUUCAUGCUGCAAUGGCAAGCCUCAGCUUCCCGGGUCUCACUGUGGCGUUGCUGGUUCUGGGCCUGGUUCUGAGCCCGGGUCUGAGCAGACUGACUCCCCGAGUCUCCUUCCCCAUGGGUAGUCCUGGGAGACGGCUGACCUUCUUCAGCAGCCGGGAGGUCAGCAACACCACCACGCUGCUUCUCAGCACAGAUGGAGGAAGUCUGUACGUCGGAGCCCGAGAUGCCGUGUUGGCAUUGGAUGUUAGCAGCAAGGACUCCUUUGUUUUGAGGAACAAGCUGGACUGGAGGCCUCCAGAAAAAGACCUUGAACAAUGCUCCAUGAAGGGAAAGAAAAUGGCUGACUGCUCCAAUUUCAUCCGUGUCCUGGAGUUCUUGAACAGCACCCACCUGUAUGCCUGUGGAACGUUUGCCUUCAGUCCACGCUGCACCUACGUCAACCUGGAGACUUUAACAAUGAGCCUCAGCCCUGAUGAAGGAAGAGGCCGCUGCCCCUACGACCCCUACCAGCGCAACACUGCCAUCAUCGUGGACGGAGAACUAUACACCGGUACCGUGGCAGACUACAGGGGGAACCGGCCAGUCAUCUCCAGACACCUCGGUGAGGGCAAACGCGUCGACCUGAAGCUGGACGACACGUUAGGAUGGCUGGAGGAUCCGACCUUCAUCAGUUCCAGCUUCAUUCCACAGGAGGAGAAGGUCUAUUUCUUCUUCAGUGAAGUGGGCAGAGAGUACAACUUCAUCGACAGGUUCAUGGUGUCCCGUGUGUCUCAGAUCUGCAUGAGUGACAUUGGAGGUCAGCGGACUCUCCAGCGGCGAUGGACCACGUUUGCCAAAGCUCAGCUUUUGUGCCAGGCCGACGGUGAGCUGCCCUACAACGUCCUCCAGGACAUGGACGUCCUCGCACCCGCAGAAGGAGCUCCAGCAGAUGACACACUCUUCUACGGCAUCUUCACCUCGCAGUGGUCGGUCAACUCUGGACGGUCGGCGGUGUGUUCGUUCCGUCUGACUGACAUUAAAUCCGUUUUCUCCGGAAACUACAAAGUCCUGAACAGAGACACGUUACAGUGGAGCUCCAGGGUUCAGGAGAAGGUUGCAAAUCCAGGAGAGUGUGGCCUGCACAACGCAUCGGAUAACGCCCUGCGCUUCGUCAAAGAAAACUUUCUGGCAGAAGAAAGUGUCCGGCCGGUGGGAAGAAGCCUAACCAUGGUGUCGACUGAACACGCCUACAGCCACCUGAGUGUCCAGAGAGUCCAGGCGGCCAACGGGAGGCUCUACACGGUCCUGUUCCUGCUGACAGAAGCCGGUCAGUUGCACAAAGCAGUGCUGCUGCAGAGCGGGGCCCACAUCAUCGAGGAGGUCCAGAUCUUCGAGCCGCCGCGGGCCGUCAGGAGUCUGAAGCUCUCCAGUCCCAAGGGUGUGAUCUAUGUCGGCACGUCAGACGGGGUGGUGAAGAUCCCCACAGCCAACUGCUCUUUCUACUGGACCUGCGCUCAGUGCGUUCUGUCCCGGGACCCGUUCUGUGGCUGGGACCCGGUCAGCAGGGCCUGUGUGGAGGUCUCUGGGAGCCAAACCACUCUGAACCAGGAUGUCGAUGGAGGGAACGUGGAAAAGACGUGCAACGGCGUUUCAUUGACACACAGGACCAAAUUCAGCCUGAGCAAACUGCCCACAGCUUCAUGUCCUGCAGGUGAGCUGGUCUCCGUGUCUCUGAACGAGGUGGUCCGGCUCGGGUGCCCGGCGGCGUCGCGGCUGUCCCGCCAGCAGUGGGAGCGUCCCAACAGCCGGCUGUCCUCGGACCUGUACCUGCACCUGGACGACGGAGGCCUGAGCUUCGUGGCCACGCCGGCCACGCUGGGCCACUACCUGUGCCUGUCCACAGAGAACGGCUACCGCCACCCCACCGCCAUCUACCACGUCAGACAGAGGAGCAGCCCCGCCGUUCAGACUCCAACCAGCCCUAACACUCGAGUCCCCACCCAGGCUGGACCCAGACCUGGGCUGCUCACCCCCGCGGGGACGGGGACGGGGACGGGGACUCGCACACCAGGCUCAGGAGUGUCCACCGGGAACACUUUCAUCACCACGAGACAGGUCACCCCAAACGUGACCGCAUGGACGGAGGAGUCUGAAUGGUUUGGCUCCGGUUUCCGUGACAGCGACACGCUGCUGUCGUCCCGAUGCCCCUCCUACGGGAAGGAGCUGGUGGCGGUGUCGGUUCUGCUGGUGCUGUGCUUCAGUCUGCUGCUGACCACGACUCUGUACGCCGUCCGACUGCGCUGCCGCCGUCGAACCGCACCCCAAACAGAAACGCCCGUUAGAGACAGGAGGACCCCCGAAGAGCAGGCGGCCUUACGGGGGAACCAGCUUCCCAGCAAAAGCAGCAGCGAGGCGCUGGGCAGGGGGCAUGCUAGCGGGCUCGUGUGUAACGGGACUCUCACGGGCUCCAGAGAACAUCUACCCAACACCCCCAUCUAGUGGAGAAAAACUGUUCUUCAAAUACUCCGUUGUGUUUACAUGUACUAGGUCUUAAUGCUGAAUUAUGGUUCUGCGUUAAAUCAACGCAGAGCCUACGCCGUAGGGUACGUCCACAUUGGAGGGUUUUCAAGCAUGAAUCGCCUUUUCUUUUCUCCGGAAAAGAACGCAACUCCCUAGCGCUCUGGGGGGGUACUGCACCGCGGCGAAAUGGAGAGACGGAGAAAUCCGAAGGGUUCAUGACAACGUCUCUUCAACAGCGUAGGCUCUGCGUUGGUUUAACGCAGAACCAUAAAUCAGGCUUUAGGUCGAUCCAGCCUAGCCCGUUCUUCAGGUACAGGUUCAGAAGUUCGUACUUCCUCUUUUAAUCCUGUUCUUUUUCAGCUAAAUCAUGAAGCUGUUUUAUUGUAGUGAGUCCUGGCAUCAGGAAGAUACACCUCAGACAAAAAAAACCUGCAACAGUUUUUUCACAAAACCAAAAAGUCCUGUAGCUCCAAACAAGCCCAGGUCAUCAACCCUCCCCCGCCGUGCUUGGCAGUGGCUGCGAGAGGGUUUCUGCUGCUGUUUAGUCUUAACAUCCAGCACCAUGUUGGGAGAAACCAAAGGAUACAGAUCUUGAGGCCUUAUUUUUAAUGUUUUUGAACAUAGAAAAGAUUGUAUAAAAAGAGACGGUACAAAUGUUUAUACAUGACUAUGUUCUUAGGAAAUAUUCUGAUGAAACACCAGCGAAUAAAUUCAGUCCAGUUCAUUUAUAUCCUGAGAGGGAAACUAUGUGAUGUAGGCAGGAGUUAUGUAAUGUCAGCAUAAGUUUUGUAAAGCCACAGUCAUGUGUUUUUAAAGGAUAUGUUAACAUUCUGGAACUUACUGAAGAAACGUGACAGAAUCAUAAAUUCUACACUGCUGUUUCCUUUGACCGGACUGCACGGAUGCAGCGCCGGCGCCGCCGGGGCGUCGUCCUCCGUAUCCCGUCACAUUUGGUCAAAUUGUGGAGUCAAUUUUUGUUUUUUUUUCAAAUUUUCAUGUUUUUUUCUAAUAAUUUGAGUUACUGAAGUAAAUUUCUAUGGAUUUUUACGUUUUGAAGUUAAAAUGUCUUUGCUAGCAAAUUUGUGAGUCCAUAAAGUCAACAUUUUGUUUUCAAAAAAUUGAA